UAUGCACAGUCAUGUUAUAUGACCCGGAAGAUUAUAUGUCGACUGCGCUACGCAUAUAUGCUCAUUAUCUAAUGUAGAAUGUAUCAUGACUAUAGUUAGCCCUUUAUCUACGUAGUCAUGUCAGCUUUACAAGGUGGUAUAAUGUCAGUUGCGAGACACGCAUGGGCAAAUCAUUUCAACUGUCAAGAGUAGGCAGUUGUGGUUUAGUCUCCUCGAACACCGUCACUCAACGUUACCAGGAGUUGACUGUGGUACUAAACAGGCUGUUCGAAGUACGUCUCUCAAGACACUGGAAGGUCAGCACCAUGCCAAACAGGAAGGGACGUCGAACCAAACCACAGAGACUCGAAAGAGUGUACGGGCUGUUCGAGUGUCAGAGAUGUAAACACCGCUGGGGCGAUGAUGAAGUACGUCGUUACGAAAGGACGCACGAGGUAUUAUCUCCUACAAAGUGUAAGAUUUGCGGAGAGAUGAACUUUCCUCACACAACUGAGCGUCUGGUGCAGGAGCGUCAGAUAUGGAGCGAAGGUUUCUGGUACAAUCCCUCUUGCAGACCAGACCAUCAUUCCUACAGGUCUUGGCGCGACAAUGAACACCACUUCGACGACAUCUAUGAAGAUCGUCAACAACCGAAACACAACAAGAAGCUCGAUACACGCAACGAUGGCGACGAAUGUCAUCAGAGAUGGAGGGGAGGUUUCUGGUACAAUCCCUCUUGCAGACCAGACCAUGAUUCCUACAGCUCUGGAAGCGACAAUGAACACCACUACGACGACAUCUAUGAAGAUCGUCAACAACCGAAACACAACAAGAAGCUCGAUACACGCAACGAUGGCGACGAAUGUCAUCAGAGAUGGAGGGGAGGUUUCUGGUACAAUCCCUCUUGCAGACCAGACCAUCAUUCCUACAGCUUUGGAAGCGACAAUGAACACCACUACGACGACAUCUAUGAAGAUCGUCAACAACCGAAACACAACAAGAAGCUCGAAAGACGCAACGAUGGCGACGAAUGUCAUCAACCACGGAAACGAGGGGCCAAGAGAAACAAAGCUUACAAUUACGAUUAACACCGGAUGUGGUGAUGUGUACGGACCUUACUCUUUAAGCCGGUGUACGAGCAGGACUGCAGGACAUGUGACACCCCUGUCUGCCCAUCCGUGUAGAGAAGCUCAUCUGCUCCGUAUGCAACGAAAGGGAUUGCAUAUGUACUGAAUUUGGCGAAAGAGAGAGGAACAUCGACCCCAGCAAAGCACACCGAUCUGACCUCUGUCACAAGUGCCAGUUAGGCUACCCCUGUCGGUAGACAGACCUCCAUAUAUGUGAUCUAUGAAGUGAACUUCUGUAGUAUGCUUGAUAGUACGGCACAGUACUUGGUGUUAUUUACAUGUUACAGG